AGGUGUGUGAACAGGUAAACUUCGGCGGUGUGUGGGAGUUAUAGUCCUGACUACACUGUGCGGGCGCUUAAACAUAAAGACGAAUUAAAUCGAUACAUUUAUUUACCGGUUCACGUGCGCUGUACCGAGCUUUAAGGGAGACUUUUUCCGCAACGAACGAACUUACUUCAGAUGUUGCGAUCUCAUACGGAUCUGAUUGACUGAAGUUGAGAUCCUUAGGAGUGGCCUGUGAACAUGAAGAAGAAUUCUGGCAUCGCUCGGUCUACCAGCGGCAGGAUGAGAAGGGCAGAGAAAGAUGUAACCAGUCCUACUGGUACUGCACUUAAGAGGUCAUUUGAGGUGGAGGAAGAUGCAUCCACAAACCCAUCCCCUCUCUCCCGCAGAACAACCAACCCUCUGCGCUCCUCCACUUCUUCCAGCAGUCGUUUCCAUGACAUGAGCUCCCGCAACUCUGAGUCCACUUCCAGGCAAGAUUCCUCCUCCAACCAACGAUCACCAAAGUCCAGCCUCCGCCGCGUGGAGUUAUCAUCGGGACGUGCUCCAGAGAAUGUGUCACGCAGGACAGAGAUCUCCAUUGAUAUUUCUUCUAAGCAGGUGGACAGCUCGCCCAGUCCUGGUUUUGCGCGCUUUGGCCUUAAGAGGCCUGAGGUCUCACUCCAAAGUAAAGCCACAGAUGUGCCCAUUCACAGAAGGGCUGAGGGUAACCACAGCAGAUCCCAAGAACCUCCGACACCCCCCAGGAGAGCUGACCCACCUCUGUCUUCAUCCAGGUUACCGGAGCUAUCCCAGAGGAGAGCGGAACCUCCCAGUCCUCUGGAGAUCUCUACUUCAUCCAGACGGGCCGAGAUGCAUAUUAACAGACAGCUGGACACACCUUCUCCUGCCAGGGAAUCGGAGAACAGCUUCACCUCAGCAGCCAGCAUCACUCCCACCUUGAAUGAAUACAAGACCCCUCCAUCGGCGCACGAAAACCCCAUAAGGCUGACCGAGAGGUCAGAGGUCAUUUCGAGCUACAGCAGCAGUAGCAGCAGCAGUAGCAUCAUGGCAGAGUCUGUUAUACCAGAGAUGCCCCCAUCUAUGUGCCUUGACAAGAACACCAUGGACUUCAGUUAUGUGGGCAUCGAUGCCAUCCUGGAGCAGAUGAGGAGGAAGGCCAUGAAACAAGGCUUUGAGCUCAAUAUAAUGGUAGUGGGUCAGAGUGGAUUAGGAAAGUCCACACUCAUGAACACGCUCUUCAAGUCCAAAGUGAGCCGGAAGUCUGUCCUGGGCACAGCUGAGGAGAAGAUUCCCAAAACUAUAGAGAUCAAGUCUAUCAGUCAUGACAUCGAGGAGAAAGGGGUUCGAAUGAAGCUGACAGUCAUAGACACACCAGGGUUUGGAGAUCAGAUUAACAAUGAGAACUGUUGGCAGCCCAUCAUGAAGUUCAUCAAUGACCAGUAUGAGCAGUACCUGCAGGAGGAGAUCAACAUUAACAGGAAGAAGAGGAUUCCAGAUUCAAGAGUGCACUGCUGCAUAUACUUCAUACCGCCCACAGGACACUGUCUCAGGCCUUUGGAUGUGGAGUUCAUGAGACGCCUCAGCAAGGUGGUGAACAUCGUUCCUGUCAUCGCCAAAGCUGAUACUCUGACACUAGAGGAGAGGGAUUUCUUCAAGAAGAAGAUCAGGGAAGAGCUUCGUGCAAAUGGUAUAGAUGUCUAUCCACAGAAAGAGUUCGAUGAGGACGCCGAAGACAGGAUGAUCAACGAGAAAAUAAGAGAGAUGAUUCCAUUUGCGGUAGUAGGAAGUGACCAAGAGUAUCAGGUCAAUGGACGGAGGCUCCUGGGAAGGAAAACAAAAUGGGGAACCAUUGAAGUUGAGAAUAUUGCCCAUUGCGAGUUUGCUUACCUACGUGACCUCCUCAUAAGAACCCACAUGCAGAACAUUAAAGACAUCACCAGCAGCAUCCACUACGAGAUGUACCGUGUCCGUCGACUCAACGAGAACAACACUCAGGCCAACGGCCUCGGCGAUCACCACCCCGCCUCCCACGAAAUCUAGCUCCCCGGCUGAACACCCAUUUCUCCCUCCUCCCCGCGUCCAACUUACACUCCACUCCAGCCCCUUCAAUCAGCCGUGGACUGAGGUGAAGAGGUCAAUCAAGAGAAGCACAUAAUGACUUUACCUCCCACAAACUUCAUGUCCAUAAACCCUCAAAACCUUUUAUUCUGGCAACAGAGACCCAGAGCAAAGAGCUCCAUCUUAAAAAUAAGUCUGAUUUGCCCGUUAAAGAGCUUCUCUGUAUAUUGCAUGUGUUUGACUGAUGCUGUGUGCAUUAGGAGUCAUUGUUCAAACUGUGCAAGAUUAUGAUUCAUGAUUAUUUUACAGGGGUUUUCUCAGAAAUACAUAUUUUUAUGCGAUUUGUCAACUGUUCUAAUAAUAUUUAUGCUUCAUUUUGAGCAGACCCCAUAACAGGCAAAGUCAUCUUCUGUAUCCAGGGUCUCAUUCCAUAUUAAAUAAUGAUCCAUUUGUUCCAGCUGUCUCUUUUCGGCACAGGUGGAGUUGAUUGUAGAAUCUACAGGUUAUAACGUGUCUUUCUUUACAAAGCCACAAGCCAACAUCCAUCCUGUGCAACAUGUUUUGCUGUUGGUUUUGCUGUUUUAAAGUGUUCGGAUGAUACAGGGAAACAUUCACUGAACCCCUGGUGCCUUAUUGAAACAUUAAUGAGUGGAAUCACACGGUUAGGAUUUGUAUUCCAAACAUUGUGAAUAGUUUUUGUCCAUGAACACGAAAAGAUCUCUGAACUGAACAGUGGCUACAAAUGAUCUUAUUUAUGGUCAAAUGUGAUCUGGAUUUGACCUGAUGGACAACAUUCAACAACCCCGCUGUCCAUCAUGCUUCAGUUCACGUGUCUGUACACCUGGCACAGUUUUAUCAGGCAAAAUUGAGUGCCUUGUUUUUACUUUGUUUUUGGAUAUGUGGAAAUGUACACCAGACAGCUUUUUAUUUGUCAGUUGUCUUCUAGCUUGGAGGAAAAGGCCUGCAGGAGAAAGGACUUUAAACCGUGCCAAGAUUUCUGUGUGCCUGAACUUUUUAAAGAUUCCUUCCAUGUCUGAUAAGGAGCCACUUUUAAGAACGGCUCUGGCUUUUUUUGUUCUGUGCAAAACUCUUCAUAAAUGCUCAUCUUUGGGAAAAUCUAUUUGUUUUGUCCUGUGCUGUGUAUUCAUAGUGAUAAGAUUUUGUAUUAUCAGAGUAACACAAAUAACUCCUGGUGUUUUAAAAGAAUAAAGAUUUAAAUGAUAAACAAUUA